AUGCCCAAAAAUGCCACGUAUUUGUGUCCAGAAAUACAAAAUGAUGUCAUAGAGGUGUUGGCGGAAUGCGUUCGUGAUAGCAUCAUACACGAUAUUAAUAAUGCAGAUGUUCCAUGGUUUACUUUACUUGAAGAUGGGACGAAAGAUAAAAACAAUAGGGAAAAUGUAGCAAUUGGGAUUCGAUAUGUAAGAGAAGGUAAAGUUUGGGAAUCCAUACUCUGCAUCAAAACUACAGAAGAUUUGGACUCCGAGACUUUUACAAACUUGACCUUAAAUACUCUCCAAGAAUAUGGAAUAAGUAGCGACCGCCUGCUUAGACAGUGCUUUGAUGGAGCGUCAGUUAUGAGUGGAAAGAAUGGGGGUGUUCAAGCGCGAAUUCAAAAAAAACUAAAUCGUUUUAUUCCUUAUGUCCAUUGUUCAAAUCAUAGGCUUCACUUGGUUUUAAUCAAGUCUAUUGAUAUUCCCACAAUCAAACAAUUUUUCGAUCAGUGUACCAUGUUGUAUCACUUUCUUAAACAAAGUAGCGUAGCCAAGUUAUACAAAGGACAUGCUUUGAGUCGACUUUUAGAGCAACGUUGGUCAGGCCAUUUACAUGUGACUAGUGUAAUCUGCAAUAACUAUAAAGAAAUCGUAAACUGUCUAAAUGAAGCUAUUGGUAAGAAAGAUUUUCCAGGAGACAAAGUUGCUGAGGCUACUGGUUUGCAAAGAAUUGUUACAAUGCGCCCAUUUAAAUUUUGUGCGGUUUUUAUGAAUAAAGUGUUACAUGCUUUGGAACCUGCAGACAAAUUAUUACAAGCACGCGAAACAGAUCUUCGACAAUCGGCAAGAAUUACCGACUCGCUCAUUGAAGUAAUUCAAGGGUUUAGGGAUGACGCAACGUUUGAAGAAAUAUGGAAGAUUUGUACCAGUGGUGACUAUAAUACAAAUACAUCACUGGCUGAAGCUGAACCGGUAGAAAAUAAGCGACGCAGAAAAGUUAAUUCCGCUCUAAAGGACUGUGUCGUUAUGGAAACAACUGGUGCUUCGAGAGACUCUUGCAAUCUAAAAUCUGUAUUUUUUGAAGUGUUAGACGUUAUGUUGUUAGAACUCAAACGAAGGUUUAGUGAAAAUGGUGAACUGAUACAUUCACUUCAAGCUGCAGAAAAUUUAGAGUAUGAAAACAUUGGUUACCUUUCCUCAGUAGGAAUAUCUCUUCCUAGUAAGGAAGAACUUAUUGCAACGCUUGGGCGGUGA